UUUGUUGCUUCCGAGUUUCUGCUCUUCGGCGGGAGAAAUUGGAGACGAUAUUCGACUAUGGAAGAGUUAGAUAAAACGACGGCCUUGAAGAAAGCUUACGCGGAGAUUAUUCUAAACACGACGAAGGAAUCGGCUGCUAGGGUUAUGGUUUCCGACAGAAAAUCAGCUCGGUUUCACCACGAUCUCUGCGGAACCAAGGAUGAGGCUCUUCGUCUCCUUGUCCGAUUGAAACAGAUGAUAGAUGCUAAGAAAAUAGAAGGAGAGAUUACAUCAACAAACCAGCAAAGGCAGAUUGAUGUGCUUGAAGCUCAGCUUCAAGAGGCUGAAGAUAUUAUUACUGACCUGAGGUCAGAGUUGAGAUGGGUGAGAGACAGAUUGGAGAAAGCAAAGGUUUAUGAUUCGCAGGUGCGAAAUGCAGUGAACAAGGAAGAAGAAACGAUUCCUGCUCAGAAGGCUGAUUCUGAGGUUGUUGUUGUUGGAACUUUGCAUCCUAAUCAAGAGGUUGCAGAUACUUGCCUCUCUGUCGUGAAUGACCCUCUUCCGGAUCUUAGCUCAUUGCAUGAUGUUGAAUGUGAAAAUGACGAAAAGAAGUUUGACGGGUUGAGUGUUAAUGCCUUUAAAGGAAGUGAUGCUUGUGAGUCUGAAGUGGAAGCCAAUAUCAUAAGUAAAAAGCUUGAGCUUUCUAGAAAUGGUUGUACACAUAGGAUCCACGCUUUGGAAAGGAAAGUUCUGGAGAGGAAUUCAUCUUCUUCUGCAAACGAAGCAGAACAAGGCAUAAAUGAAAAGGAUAGUGAAGAAAACUUGAGCUCAGGUAAAGUGAACGGCCAUGAAGCUGGCACUUCGGGAAGCACAAGAUCUCUUGUUCUUGCUCUUAGAGCCAGUAAUGCAGAGGUGUUAACAAAGCCUUCAAAUGCAUUAGGAAUCAAGAAAACCAGAAAGUCACACAAAUUACGUCGAAGGAGAAAGAGGAGGUGGGGAAAGCCAAAAGCUAAAUCAGUUAGGUCUCAAAUUCAGCUUAUCAAACCUUGUCAAUCUCAGUCUAAUCUGAUAAAGCCGCUUCAUCGUUUGGAUCCCGGGUUAACUUCAGUUAAAAGCAAUGUGGAUCCGACUUCAGGAUCCACAAAUGUUACUAUGGUCAGUGUGACUGCAAGAAAUCAAUCAUCAGACAAAGACUUAAAAUCAAGAGAUGAAGAUGUGUUGGUAAGAUCUGUGGGUGAAGAAGAUAGUGUGGUUCCAUCUACCAAAAUGGGUUCUGAGUUGGUCAAUAUGGAUUCUGACUUAAAAGUUACUGCAGCAGUAUCAGAUCAAAUCAGUGAGCCUCUAAGAGCCAAUGUAAAUCGACUUGUGAAGUAUACAUUUCAAAGGAAACGAAAGAGAGGGUCUUCAAAUGAAAAUGAUGAAAGUAAUAACCUUCCAUUCAAAAGAGAGGUUGAGGAGAAAGAACACAACGCGCAACACCCAAUUAAACCCACUUUGAGUAAUGAACCAUCCAGAGAAACCCCACGAUUAGCUGAGGUUGCCACAAAGGGGAACUCUUUGAGAACAGAUUUAUCAACUAAAGCUUAAGCUGAGAAGUAUGUAUCGAUCUUGGCACCUUAAGGAUUAUAUUUUUAACUUCAGCUUAUCUGUGACAACCCAGUGUUCUUGAGUCAUUGGAACUUGGAAAGGAGAGUGUUUUUCUCAGGGUACUAAGUUGUUAUUAUUAGCUAUUAUAACCGUAGUAGUUCAUGUGAUUGUGGGGUUUUAAGAUCUAGUGAAACGAGGGAGAAGAAUCACAACCAAUAUGUGAGUUUUGAAAGUGUUAACAAGUCUAACUUAAUUUUUGAAAUUGUCAAAAAUCUGACCAGUUUGGUAUUGUU